CAUUAUAAAAAAGUAUCUCGACCGUUGUAUGUUGACUGCAUUUGCGAUUAUCAAUUUUAUUUUGAGUAUUUCUCUAAAUUAUCUGUGUUUUUCGCAAUAAAACGAUACCAUGCUCGAAUUUUAGUCGCAAUUGGCGUAGAAAGUUUCAGCUGCUGACUGGAAGAAUUCGCUGCGCCAUGUAUUUCGACGGCGAUGACGUGAGAUUUCUCAAUCCUGAAUUAUUGUUUCAAGUUGUUCGUCGAGAGAUCUCUACAAUCAGUUCGAACCUUGAAGUCGCACAUUAUGGUCUGAGAAGUGUACCCACUCACACAGAAGAUGGCAUACCCAUUAGGAAGUUGUAUGUGUCGAAUUUACCACCGAAGACAACCCGCACAGAGCUGUUUGGAGUGUUUGCCCAGUAUGGGUUUAUUAAGAGCUGCUGGCUUCGUAUGGGAGACAAGGGGCCUAACAAGACACCCACACCCACUUACGCAUUUGUCACCUAUAGCAACCCUGCUGAUGCCCACAAAGCGCUGCAAGCUCCUAUCCACGAGAAGAUGCUCCGCGGGCGCAAUCUGAGGAUAUCUCCCGCGGAUAGCUGGCACCAACCGGCGGAGGACGCCGACGGCCGCGUGCGCUGGAAGCCGCGCGGGCAGAGGCAUAGCGACGCCGCCCCCACACCGCACGCUGAGCAGUCCAAUAACCCUGAAGCAAUUCCUGAAACAUCUUCAGACAAUGGAGAAACGAGUUCUGAGCCAAAUGAACAGACUACUUCUAGCUCGUCACCGAGCCAGGAGCUGGAGCCACAGGCAGAUGAGCAAUGCUACAAUAUCCUGGACAUUCUCAACCGUGACUGCCUGACGCACGUGCUUACCUACGUCCCCAUCAGAGAUCUCAUCCGCUCGGAGCGCACCAGCAAGGCCUGGCAAAACAUGGUGCAGGAAUAUCUUCAGAGCAUCCGCGUAUUCAAGACGUCGUGGUGGCAGCACACGGGUGUGACUCUGACGACGGCGGUGCUACGGCGCGUGCUGCAACGGCUGGGCGGAGCACUACUGCGGCUGCACAUCGACCACCACUGGUCCGCGCUCAACGACCGCACCGCACACUCCGUCGGCAAGUUCUGCCCCGACCUCGAGGAGCUCAAGGUUGUUGGCAUGCACACCAAAAACUGGAACCCUCUUAUUUACGGCUGCAAACAACUGAAAAGUCUUUCGUUUGUUUCGUGCAAUAAGCUCACGGAUACAAGUUUGGUACACCUAGUAAAGAACGACUCGGGCAUAGAGAGUCUGACUGUCGCCAACAACACGCACGUGACGGGUUUGUUCCUCACGGGUUCCAGUCCUCAGAAGCUCACUUCCCUCUCGUUCUACAACUGCUACAGCCUGCAAGGGACCGUCCUCUGUGCAGCCGUGGAGAGCCUACCAACCAUCACGACCCUCAGACUAGACGUCUGCCCCGUCACCAUGUGGAAGAUCAUUCCGUUCAUCAUAUCAAAACUCCCCAAAUUGGAAGAAUUAUCGCUCAGUGAAUACACUUCAGUCGACGGCUGCGUCACCCCGCAAAGCAUUGACGCCUUCUGCGAAUCCCUCGCGGUCCUAACUGAACUAAAAAUAUUGAAUCUGAGCAGAAAUAUCCAUAUAACUAAUGCAGUGCUGAAACAAGUCGCUCAGUCGUGCUCCAAGCUUCAGAGUCUCAACGUGUCCAGUUGUAACUCCAAAAAGACUUUCCCGCACGCAGGUGUGGGCGACGAGGGCAUCGCGGCGGUGUGUCGUGGCUGCGCGGCGCUGCGGCGGCUGGACGUGUCGUACCUGGCGGCGCUCAGCGACGUGGGCGCGGCCGCGGCGCGGCGUCUGCCGCAGCUGCGCGCGCUCACGGCCCGGGGCAGCCCCGCGCUCAGCGCCGCGCCGCUGGCCGCCGCCAUCGCCGCCUGCCACCAGCUGCAGGAGGUGGACGUAUGCGGCUGCGACGCGGUGUCGGAGGAGGUGGUGGCGGCGGCGGUGCGCGCGCUGCAGCUGCAGCCGCGGCCGCUGCUGCUGCGGCUGGCCGCCACGCUCGCCGCCACGCACCAGGCGGAGUUCCCUCGUCACAAGCUGCUAACAGUCGACGUGUCGGAUGACCGCAGCAACCCGCACCUGCGGCCGGACUUCGUCGACCGCAUCUUCGACGACAGCUCGGAAGACUCCAUGGACGACCUCUACGACCACGAGGACAUGGACGACUUCCUCGGACCAGAUGACGAGCUGUUCCUGGACGACGACCUGGAUGACUACGAAGGUUUCUAUGCAUACGGGCUGCACGGCCCCGACAUCAUCCUGUUGUAGCGCCGCACACGCCGCGCCGCACUUCGCACCGCACGCGCAACUCAUUUUAUAUGACUUUUUUGUUUCCUUAGUUCAAGCAUUUUUAUUUCUUCUCAGAAGAAUUAGUCACUUUUGUCCUUUACCUUUUUUUAUUUAAGAAUUCUUGCAUGCAAUAGAAUCUAAUUGCAUACUCAAGAACCCUGUUUUUUAUCUUAUUAUCUAGCAUAGUUCUCAUGUGUUCUAUUCUAGUUAAAUUUUUUGUUGAUCAUAUUAUUGCUUGCAAUAAAAUCUAUAUAAUGAUUGUAUAUCUGUGAUUGAGCAUAAUGCCGUGUUAACUUGUCCUAUAUACUUGCUUUUACUCUCGUUUAUCUUUCUAUAUAUAUAUAAAAUAUUUAAUGUUCGUGUCGUAACUGUAAGCAAAGUCUGAAACAUUGUGAUAGAUAUAAAUUGUUCAUGUAUGUAACUUAAUUUUUCGAGGAACACGUUGGUUUAAACUGUAUAGUAAUAAUAACAAAUUUAAAAUUACAAAACUGCCAGAAUCAAAGUUAUAUUGUUACACCAUGUCGCCUGUAAGCAUCGCCUCAUAUCAUAAAUAUAUACAUACAUAUUAUAUACCGCAGCCACCACGCCGCGCUGCUCCAGUACUGUGAUAACCAAUUAGUAACUGAUUACUUGUUUUUUCAAGUGUUAACAAUAAGAGUCCAUAGAUACAAUAGUAACCACUUGUCAUUUUAUAUAUCAACUAGUUUUUAACAGUGCAAUAUCCUAUGUUCAGAUAAAUCAUUCAUACCAUUUUUUUUGUUCCAAGGCACAGUACUUCAUUUAAAUGUAAUAUUUAUUUAACAAGAAAGUAGUGUUUGUUUGUUGUCCCUACAUAAAACUCUUUUUAGUUAUACAAAUGGGAUAUAAAUUAUUUUCACUUAUUUCGACACCAAGGUUUUUGUGUUUCGAACCCUUUUUCAGAUAUUUUUAUUACAUUACUGUAAUUUUAUUAUAUGUUCCCUUUUUAAGGAUGUAAUGCAUUGUAAUCAAAGUGGUGAUUUUUAUUUCUUUUACUAAAGGAAGAUUUUGUUUUAAUCACAUUGUUGAAAAUCAGUGACUUAUUUAUAUUUUUUAAGAUUUUUUUUAAUGUAGAGUAGAAAAACAUGUUUAAUUUACUAUGAAUGAGAAGUUAUCUUUUUGUUCAUUGGAAAAACAUAGCUAGUUAAUUAAUGUCUAGUGAAAAAGAAAAAAUUAAACAUAUUUUAGUGUCUUACAGUCUUAUUUGUUUGUUUUCUACAGCUUACAUGCUUUUCUGUGAGGUGUUGUGAUUUAUAAAACAAUGUCAAGAAUAUAGCCACAGGGAGAGAAUUGACACAUAUUUAAUUUACUAAAUUUAUUUGUGUUUGUUUGUUUUAUUUUAUUCUAGAGCUAAGUGGAAAGCAUGCGGGCUGUAUCGAUUAGUCCUCUUACAAUAAAAAGGGGCUACACUGUUUAUUUUUUGUUUACACCUGCAGUUUGCAAUAUCUUGAGGUGUUCAAUAAUAAAAUAUUUGUAGAAGGAUAUAUAUUUUCAGGGUUCACUUAGUGGUGAUUUAUGUUUUUAGAUUUGCAUUUUAGGAUAAACCAUGUGCAUGAGAUGAUUUGUGAGAAGUUCUUAGUUUUUAUACAUUUAAUUGUUUUGACAUUAUUAGUAAGAAAGGAAAUACAACAUUCUCUUCAACAAA